AUGUUUUCAUUCUUGAACACGAUCGUUUACUGUGUGCCCGCUGGCUGGGUGUGGGGCUCGCAUGGAUUCCUGAACAAAAUGGGCGCUGUCGACAUAGCUGGCUCCGGUCCUGUACAUCUUAUUGGUGGUUCAUCUGCUUUCGCAUCAGCCCUCAUGUUGGGCCCACGGCUGGGCAGAUAUGCCAAUGGCAACGCACCCUUGCCUCUUGGUAACCCCGUGAACGCAGUGAUGGGGACAUUCGUGCUAUGGUGGGGCUGGUUGGCAUUCAAUUCAGGCAGCACUUAUGGGGUGAGUGGAGCGAAGUGGCAAUACGCAGCCAGGGCCGCUGUGAUGACAAUGAUGGGUUCUUUCGGCGGAGGCUGCUUCGGACUUAUCUUCACAAUGAUCAAGAACAAAGGCAAAGCUGAUGUGAUGGAUCUCAUAAACAGUAUCCUUGGUGCUCUGGUUUCUAUUACUGCGGGAUGUUUUCUAUACCGGGCAUGGGAGGCGUUGUUGAUAGGCGCGCUGGGUGCAGCAAUAGUAUCGUGUACGGCACCUUUAUUCGACAAACUCAGGGUGGACGACCCCGUCGGAGCCAGCUCUGUACACGGCGCUGCUGGCUUCUGGGGAGUUAUAGCUGUUGGCUUGUUCGCUGACAACCCGAUACCCAUGGAAACCACUAACGGUAGAUCAGGACUAUUCAAAGGUGGUGGUUGGUACUUACUAGGUGUUCAGACGUUAACCGGGAUAUGUCUUAUGGCUUGGGGUGCCUUAGUCACUAUGGCCCUCCUAUGGGUUAUAGACAAAAUAAUGCCGAUCCGUAUGGACCCGUAUGAGGAAUUAUUGGGUGCUGACUUGACAGAGCACAGGAUAAGACAUGGGCAGGUGGGAGUGUCCCGCGCCGUGUCCGCGUUACGUUCGUUCCAGAGAUCAAACAGCGUAGAGUGUGUGGGCAACAUCGGCGUCAACACCGGACACAGUUUUGUCGUAGACAAACUGCACGAGGUCAGACAAUACUCAGUGAUUCCGUAGCCGGGUGGUGCGAACGCCUGUUUCAAGGUGUCGCCAUCUUUGAGUUCAAAUAAAACAGUUAAAAUAGACAAUGAAAUUUUCUAAAUUGUCUAGGACCGAACGUCAUUUUUUCAUUUAUUUUGGCAUGUAAUUUAAUGAAAAUUACCGUUCUGUCUCUUGAGUCACAAGUCUCUCUCACUACGGGAUGUUAGCAAAAUUUCCGUGCAUAAAGGAACAAAUCCAUAUUUUUAAAAAAAUUAAUGCAUGUAAGUAUAUAGUUCAAAUCAUCGCCAUCUUUCAUUCAUUUCAUUUUCAUUUUACAUGUAAAAAAUAAUUUAUUUACUUGACAUUGGCAGAAUUGUGCGAAAUGCGCUGAUAAGCCAUUAAUUAAUAAAGAAGAAGAAGUAAUUUAAAAAGGCAUAUAAAAUAACAAACAUUUCAAAAACAGUCAUGUGAUAUAGACCUACAGUGCCCAAGUUUAGUACAAAAAAAUAUUUUUAUGCUUAAACGUGAUCAGACAAAAAUUCAUGCGAUAAUAAAGAAAAAUGCGAAUGAUUACAAUACAAAUCAAAUCAGGAAAGACCAACUACAAUGUAAACAUAAAAUAAUAGAGAAUCUAUUUAUUGUAAACAAUUAUAAUUAUGUUUUAUUUUAAUUUUCUUUUAAGUAAUUCUGUAUCUUAUUUUGCAACUCUGAAGAUAACCGAAAUACAUUGUU